ACCAUGGAGCAUAAAGCACGAUUCGUGAAACGUGGCCGACAACGCAAAGCGAAGGGAAAAAAAAUAAAAUAACAUAAAAUCGACGCAUAGCUUCACCCUCUGGACCUCUUCCCUCACCGAGCCGCAAAAUAACUUGUAGGAGAUUAAAAUUUGCAAAUUUUGGGCAACGCGGAAAAAGAUCAAAGUUUUUGGAGUUCUAUUCUUGGUUGCAGGAAUUUUUACUGCUUAAAGUUUGGUUCUUUAAGUAGAGGGUGUAGUCAGCAAAGUUCUGCAGUUGUGCGGAAGGAAAUCAUUCUAUUCCAGCCAAAAACAAGUUAAAAGAAGGGAGAAGAAGACUAAGAUCAUGGAAAUGGGCAAGAAUAUCAAGAAAAGGCUCGCAUUUGUACUAAUUGAUGGGUUAGGUGAUGUAUCUCUGCCAAGGUUUCAAUACCAGACACCUCUUCAAGUUGCAAAGACCCCCAAUUUGGAUGCAAUUGCCUCUGCUGGAGUUAAUGGGCUCAUGGAUCCUGUGGAGGCGGGCCUGGCGUGUGGGAGUGACACUGCACACCUUUCUAUAUUGGGUUAUGAUCCGAGAAUCUAUUAUCGAGGUCGUGGGGCAUUUGAGUCAAUGGGUGCUGGAUUGGCCAUGUCGCCAGGAGAUAUCGCUUUCAAGUCAAAUUUUGCUACCAUGGACGAGAACACUGGAAUUGUGACCAGCAGGAGAGCUGAUCGGCAUUUUGAGGAAGAGGGUCCAAUUCUUUGUGCAGCUUUGGAUGGAAUGAAGCUCCCAUCUUUUCCUGAAUAUGAAGUGAGAGUCAAAUAUGCCACUGAGCAUAGAUGUGGGGUAGUUGUUAAGGGUCCAAAGUUGAGUGGAAAUAUUUCUGGGACUGACCCAUUAAAAGACAAUCGAUUACUUCUGAAAGCAGAAGCUCUGGAAGAUACAGAGGAAGCAAAGAACACAGCAGCAGUGGUCAAUGAACUUUCUAAAGAAAUGUCACAAAUUCUGGUAUCUCAUCCUUUGAAUGCAAAACGGGCUGCGGAAGGGAAAAAUAUUGCAAAUGUUGUUCUCUUGCGAGGUUGUGGCAUUCGAAUUGAGGUUCCUGCUUUUGAGAAGCAGCAUGGGUUAUCACCAUGCAUGGUAGCUCCCACCAAGAUUAUAGCAGGGUUGGGUCUAUCAUUGGGUAUCGAUAUCCUUGAAGCCCCUGGAGCAACUGGAGAUUAUCGAACUCUGCUGACCUCCAAAGCUACAGCUAUAGCAAAGGCACUUUCUGCACCACUAAAGCCAACCCCAUCUGUUUUUGUACCUGGGGAAGAUGAACAUAAACCAGGCCGACCAGAUGGAUACGACUUCGGGUUCCUCCACAUCAAGGCAAUAGACGAUGCUGGUCAUGACAAGGCAAGUAUAUUGAAAGUCCGAGCAUUGGAAGCAGUAGACCGGGCCAUUGGUCAGCUGACAAGAUUCCUCUGGGAGGCUGAAAAAUCUGGGAACUUCCAGUGUUACCUGUGUGUCACUGGAGAUCAUUCCACUCCAGUGGAGUACGGUGAUCAUAGCUUCGAACCUGUCCCAUUUGCAUUAUGCCGGCUGAAGGACUUCGUCAGCGUUGUAGAGGAGGCAAAUGUGCUCCGAACUCCCCUUGAAACUUUCCCACUUCCUUCAGUCAAGGCUGGUGAAGAUUUAAGGGAAGAAAUAGAAAUGUUCAAUAGCAGAAGUGAUGGACGCAGAGCCUUUGGUGGUGAUUCAGUCUCUGAGUUCAGUGAGAUUGCAGCUGCAAGGGGUUGCCUUGGAAGGUUCCCUGGAAGCGAGAUGAUGGGCGUGAUAAAGGAAUUCCUCAGGCUAAAGAAUGACUAGUAAUGUGACAGACGCAGAGAUUUGGAAAUCCUGCUGUGUUAAAUGCCGGGUUUCAGUUAUCUCAGCGUCGGCCAAACAAUAAUGAAGGGAAGAUGAGGCUAUCUUAACUCAAAUGGUCAGAUGAAUUUUCGUCAUCUUGUAUACGUGUUAACCCCCAAAUGAUGCAAUAAACUAUGACAUGCAGAUAUCCAUAUAACUUCUUAGGUGACUGAAACAGAGAUGACGCUAUCUUAACUCAAAUGGUCAGAUGAAUUUUUG